UGAUAUCUUAAUCUCUACAAAUCCCACUUCAAAGAGUUUCCAACUUGUUGGUUCUAUAUUACAGUAACAGAGAAAAUGAGUUCAGCAAGCAAAGCUUGGUUGGUUGCAGCAGCUGUUGGAGGUGUUGAGGCCUUGAAAGACCAAGGGUUCUGUAGGUGGAACUACACCUUGAGAUCCCUGCACCAACAUGCCAAGAACCAUGUCAGAUCAGCCUCUCAGGCCAAGAAGCUUUCUUCUUCAUCUUCUGCCAUGAUCUCGAAUAAAGUCAAGGAAGUGACAGCAAAACAGCCUGAGGAAUCUCUAAGAAAAGUCAUGUAUUUGAGCUGUUGGGGUCCUUACUGAAGCUAAGAAGCAAGAAGAAAUUGAGAAAUUAUCGUGAUAGGAUUACCCUGAUUGUUGCAAGUUGAUGUAAAUUGAUUUGUAAAUUUUGUUGUUGAAUAUUUAAUGGAAUCAAACCAUAUUAUUUUUGGAUUA